AUGAAGAAGAUAACCAAUUUGGGGUACGAUAACACGUGUGAUUAUUUAUCGACCUUUAAUGAGUUUGUAUUUAAGCUUGAAGAAGAUUACAUAAAUUUGUACUCAUUAAAAAAGAGGGAUAAGUUUAAAAACACAAAAGCGGGUGAGUGGUUAAAGUCGUUCAAAACCUAUUGCUAUGACUUAAACCUGGACAUUCCAGAUGACUAUUUUAAUCGCAAUCAACUGAGUGAUGAACAAAAAGAGGAACUCUUGAACAAGUUACUGAAUGUGUCACUUUCCAAAAAGUACGAGAGGAUGUUUGGCGAUAACAAAUCUUUGGAUGUUUCAAGUGACUAUAAUUCAAACAUUCCAAAUUACAACGAAGAUUACAAAUUCCAAGUUGAUAAACUCAACCUUUUUCUCGAAAGGCUUAACCUUCCACUUCUCAACAGUGACAGCAAACCAUCGGAACUCAAGUCUGCCUUAGAUUUGUAUUUAAAGUUCAAUAAUCAUCACAAAUCAGCCACACACAUCGAACACACAUCAAGUUCAACAGUCGUGAACGGCUCGCUGACCAGUUCCGACGAUACAGAAUCUCUUGAAAACAUCGGCACCAAACAAUUCAGAUCCAUGUACACUGAUGACCUGUGUAAAUUACAGUCUGAGCUAUUAUGGCUAACAAAAGAGUUUUCAAAACUACCUAGCAAAAAUAAAACAACUUAA